AUGAAUGAGGAAGGAGAGAAGAAAAAUAAAACAGAAGAUGCCUUUUCAGGAAAUACUUCAUUCCAAGGAGAAGAAGAAGAAAGUGAAUUUGAGACUGAACAAAUAUCUGCUGUUGAUUAUGAGGGUGAUGAUGAAGAAGAGAUAGAAGAUUAUGAGGAAGAAAGUAAUGAACAGCAAGAUAUAUUAGUUGAAGACGAUCUAAACAAUAACAAGAUUGAAUAUAAAACUGGAGUGCAAGAAUGGCCAGAUGGUUCUUGCUAUAAAGGCGAAUUUUUAUUUGAUUUAAAACUUGGAUAUGGAGAAUUUGCAUGGGACAAUGGUGAGAGAUAUGUAGGGCAAUUUUAUAAAGAUCACCGUCAUGGCAAAGGGGUUUACUUUUGGCCUAAUGGCUCCAAAUUUACAGGUUCAUUUUAUCUUAAUCGUAAAGAAGGCUAUGGGACCAUGGAAUUUAAGGAUGGAAAACAAUUUCAGGGGCUUUACAAGGCUGAUGAACGCUUUGGACCAGGAAUUGAAACCUAUCCAGAUGAUAGCCAAGAUGUUGGCCUGUGGCAUCGAAACCAUAUUAUUAAACUAUGCACAGAAAUGCCUGAGUAUUUCACUAUUUCUGAUUUCCCAGAACUCAGUAUCUAUUUUGAUGCUGAGUCUAAAGAACAGUACAUUUCAGAGGAAAGCAGUUCUAUGUGGGACCUGAAUGAAGAAAAGGAUCCAUUUUUCUACAGCUUCAAACGUCUUCUCCUAAAUGAUGACAGCUAUACGUUGCCUGAUAAUAUGUAUAUAUAUUCAGUUGAUGCAGAUAAUCUUCCUCUUACUCACUCCUUCUUGAAAGAGUUUGAUUUUCAAUAUUUUAAGAAAAGAAAACAUCAGGCUUAUGAAAAACCAUGGCAUAUAACCAACAUAACCCCUAUUCUCGUUAGGAUGCAGAAAAACAUAUAUAAAUAUAGGCAUUGUGUGAAUGACAUAGACUGGAAUGUCAAUGUCAUUAUGGAAGGCAACCGGUAUGGUUUUGGAGCCAAAGGUCCCAAAGAGCUGAUUUCUGAAGAGCUGAUUGAGAAAUCAGCAGAAGGAUCCUAUAAAGGAGCUUAUGAGAUUAUGAGGGACAAUCUGGCCCAUCCAGAUAUAGCAGAUAAGCAUGGAUAUACUGCUCUUGCUGCUGCUGCUAUGAAUUACCAUGAAGACAUCAUCAACCUUCUUCUAGAUGCUGGAGCUGAUGUGAAUAAAUGCAGUGAUGAAGGAUUAUCACCUUUGUCCAUGUGUAUUAUUCAUUAUUUCCCUGCAGAAGCAUUUCAAUCCAAUAUUGCUGAAAGGAAUAUCUUUAGAAAAGAGUUAGAAGACAUCUUUGAAGAAAUAUCUACAGAAUCUAUGCCAUUAUCACAGUCAGGGGUUUCUCAGCUAUCUGAACCGAGUACAAAUACUACCACCCCAUUUUCAACUGGAUUGUUGUCAUUCUCAGCUGAAAAGACAGAAUUUGGCCCAGAUCUUGAAAUUAAGUCAUUGGAAGAAACAGACAAUGGAGAAAAGAACUCUGGAACAAUUUGUGGUAUUCACAACUACAAAAUUAAUGUUUCAUCAGAAAUUAUGCAGCGUGGUGCAGUUGUUCUGAGCCAGCAUAUGUCAAAACCUCACUGUUUCCCAGGCUCUGAGGACACUGUUCAUCAUGAAGGCACCUUAAGAAGAAUGGCAGUAUCACUAACAGAACAAAAAAAGAGAAUGUCUACAAUCAAAGUGCUCCUAAGGAGAGGCGCUGAUCCAAAUAUUUCCAGUAUUCCUAUGCAUGUACUGUUCUUUGCUGUUAAAGCUGCAAAUACAGAAGUAGUGCAAAUACUUCUAGAAGCUGGAGCAAGGACUGACAUACGACUUCCAACCACACUUGGGGGUGUAGCUCCCCUUCAUAUUGCUUCUGCCCUUCCUGGUGGGGAAGGGGUUGAAAUCACAGAAAUGUUACUUCAUGCUGCUGCAGACCCUGAUGUAAGGGCAGAAGAUGAGAACGAUAUAUACCGGCUAGAUAAGGCUUCAUUUGAAAUUGGUGAAUCAGUAUCUCUCAUGAGAAUGAAUAAUGAAACUGGACCACCCAAAAAAUACUACGAAGAAUGUACUAUUGUCCCAGAGGAAGGUGGGAGGACAUCUCUUCAUAUUGCCUGUGAGAGGGAAGACAAUUCUACAAAUGCUGCCAAAGUUAUUCAACAUCUUUUAGAUCACAACGCAAAUCCAAAUGUCCUAUGGAGUGGUCAUUCCCCUCUUUCGCUAGCGGUUGCUAGUGGAAAUGAACAAGCAGUGGCUGAACUUCUGGCUGGUGGAGCUGAUCCAAAUCUCCCUUUAAGCCAAGGUAUUGGAAAUGCCUUAUGUGCUGUUGCUAACCCUGCAUAUGAACAGAACGGGACAUUAGAAAGUAGAAUGGCGCUGAUUAAUUCUCUUAUAGCAGCAGGUGCAGAGAUGUUGAUGCCAAUUACUCUUACUGAUGAGUGUAGAACUGCAGUGGGGACAGUUGUUGACUAUGCAUAUUUCAAAUAUUAUCAGGACAAAAGACUGUUGCAUACUCCCUUUCAUGCUUUGUCACAAGCAGAGAGGGAUACUUACACCUUUCGACGAAAGUUACUGGAUUUUCUCAGUGAUCGGCUACGUGAGUGUGUCACUGCAAAAGAAAAACAGUGGGAAAAAGAAGAAUUUAGGAAGAUCAAAGUUGCUGCUGCAAGAAUACGAAGGAAAUCUGCAAGUGAUUCUAUAGGAAUGUCACCAGAAAUAGAUCCAACAAGAUUACUCAUCUUUAAAUACUGCUACCAAUGUGGGCGAUCUGUCGGUGUGACUCUCACACCUUGUCUACAUUGUUUGGAGAUUUUCACUUGCAGCAAGUCCUGCAAAGUCAAGGUUUGGAAUGAACGGCAUAAACGAGAGUGUUUACAAACAGUGCGACAGCGUAAAGGUAGCAUUAAAGGAAAAGUGACUCAACCCAGAACUUCAAAGGAAGCUAAAGCAAAGAAACAGGCAGAAACCAGACAUAAAAAGGAAGACUUGGAAAAGAUGUCAUUGAAAGAUGUUAGAAGACGACAAGCCCUCGAGCGGGCUAGCAGUCAAGCAGAUCUUCCUUACACUGGGAACUAUAGUUUCAUUUAG